AUGGACAUUGACAGUAACCUUUCAUGUAAUAGUAAUUUAGAUGUAAAUAUUCAAUAUUUAUCUAAUGAUGUAGGUGCUGCACAUGUGGAAAAUGUAACAGAAUCGUUUUAUAAUGAACAUACAAAUGUUAAUUGUGAUCCUGAUACAUCUGAUUUUACUGCAUAUAAUGAUAAAGAACGGGUUGAUUUCAUUGAUAACCACAUUUUAUCCUCGAAAAUUAAUCGAGGAACUCACGUAAACAAUUAUAACGUAAUUCGUCACACAUACUACGAUGAAUGGAUGAUUAAAACUGUUUCAUGGAUUGCUAUGAACAUUGGCUUUAAACAAAUUGAUAUCUCUGCCAUUGAACUACUAAGCUCAUAUACUAUUAAACUUAUUCAAGAUCUUGGUAGACGAGCCCAAACAUUGGCGCGAAUUAGAUCAUCGGAGUGCUGUAACUAUAUUGACACUAAGACAGCUUUGCAAAAUACUUAUCCACAUUUUUAUAACGAAAUUUUUAUCCAUGCAAAAUUUCUAAGUAUUAAACCAAUGCCCACUUCAAUUUCAUCGGGCCACUAUCAUACUAAAUCGCAACCAGCUCUACUUGCUAAUCCGUCUUUCCUCUACUAUGAAUGUCUACUAGCUGCGGGUGAUUCUAUUGCAAAUGUUAUGUCAAAAAGUCCUAAAAUUAUUCCAAAAAAUGAUAAUAAAUACAGCGUUCCAAUCAAUAUUGCCCAAUAUAUAGACACCAAUAUCAAUACCGGCAAUUCUCAGGAGGAAAUUGUUGAUAACUGCGCUUCUAACGAUAGUGGAUCGAUAGGAGUUUAUGUCGCUGGUGGAUAUAGUGCUAAUGAUGAACCUUUAUACCAAAAGUUGGUUAUGAGCAGGAGGAAAUUCUGCCACAAACACUUUCCUAUCCUGCCCAUUGAAUGCUUUAGAGACAACAAAGGUCAAUCUUUUGAUAAUGAAUAUUCUUAUCUUCCUGAUAUUGGCGAUUCAACACAAACGAUUGAAAAACAGAAAAUUGUUUUACAAUCCGAAUUGCCGUUGUUGCAAUGA